AUGCUGCUAUUCCACCUCGUGGGUGGUUUCCUCUUGGUGUCGUUUUGGCAUUCUGCCGGAGCUUUCCGGACUGGCGCGGCCUUGGCGCAGCGAGGCUGCGAAAGGACCAGCGGCAAACAUGACAGAAUCUGCCGUGAAAUUGAACCUUGUUCUGCAGGGCGGCGAUCGCUCAGUGCUGACGCAUCUAAAGGGGGGUGGUGCGCUUCGCCUCAGGAUAGCACCAGCGGCCCCAGGGAAGCUCUUGCAGCCACAAGCAGCGCUGCUGUUGCAACCAUGGCUGGUAGCAGCACGGAGGCUGUUGGGAGAUGCGGUGCAACUGCUGUGUCGCUGACUCGAAAUCAGCUGCUUUCCUCGAUGGCGACCGCGGCCGCGGGGUUCCUGUUGGCACCACGGCAAGCCUCAGCAGCAGAUGUGGAGACAACGCUGGUGUCGGAAGCAGCGAGCACCGGGCCUGCGGCAGGGCAGGGGGAGGUCGGUGGGGGUGUGGAGGAGGUGGCGGCGGCGAAGUACGUCGUGCAAUCUGACGAGGUCGGCGUGCUCUUUGGAGACGGGCCCAUCGGCAUCAAGCUCGGAGACAACCCUCUCAAGGCUUCGGGGGUUUGCAGGGUCUACGUUACGGAGGUGCUAACGGGAUCGCAAGCGAUACGCCAAGCAAACCUCCGAGCAGGGUUCGGGGUGGCCGCGGUGGGGGGCAAGCCUGCGGAAAGGCUUGAGCCGAAGGAGGUGGCGGAGCUCAUCCGGUUGUCGCCUCGGCCCAUGGAGAUCGUCUUCAGGGACCCCGAGUUGCUUGGUCGACGACUGCAAGCCGAGGCAGACAGGAAAGCGGAGGCCGUGAAGCGGAGAAAGCAGAAGGCGGCCGCCGACGCGGCAUCCCCGGAGACGGCGGCUCCGGACACGGGAGAUUCAGCAACAGCGACGACGGCCGUUGACCCUCGCAGCGGCAGCGUCGGCAACGGCGGCGGCAGCGCCUCCUCGGGGGAGCUGAGGGUGACGCAGGUGGGCAAGAAGCCGGAGGUGUGCGGCACAAGGACUAAGGCGGGCGACUUGAUCGAGUUCAGGUACUCUGCACGCUUGGCGAGCGAUCUGUCGGUGGAGUUUGAUUCCAGCGACCGCAGGGGGACGGGGCUUCCAUAUGCGAUCGUCCUGGGGAACGGCGAUGUGGUAAAAGGGUUGGAUUUGUCACUGUUCGACAUGUGCGUCGGCGAGCGGAGAAAGAUAGAGAUUCCUGCCCGCCUGGCUUACGGGAGGAAGGGGAGCAAGGCCUUCGGAGUGCCUCCGGAUGACGGAACGGGCUCCGCCGACGUAGUGUUCGGGGUUGAGCUCGUGAGCAUCAACUUCUCGAUCAACGCGUCGGACGCGAGGGACAACUUCUACACGGACGAUCCUUGCGACGCGGCCGCCGUCGCCGCCGGAAACGCCAGCGGGCAGUGCAAGAAAUGAUGAGCGUGGAAAAACAGACAGCCAAGAGGGACUCGCUUCGCUCCGGUUCGGAUGUGCAUACAACUUGUUUCGAAAACGCUGCCGACACAUAAUCCACAGUGGUGCUGUUCGUUGCGAGACUUUUCACAGAGGUAUUGGUCGGCCGGUCAGAGCGCUCGAUUCUGAGCAAAAGACCCAUGGUCGGGAGAUGGGGGGGGCGUGCUCCAAAACCAGCAGCGGCAGAUGGUUUUGUAUGUCGUACGUGACUGGUGACUGGCAGC